GUCAGCGGCAGCAGAGAGGAAGAGGAGGAGGAGGAGGAGGAAGAAGAGGGAGGAGUGUCUCUGUCUCCGCUCACUGUCCACAGCGAGGAGACUCAGACCAUAAACAGUUCCCACAGCCUGCCCUCUCCUCUCCUCUCCUCGGCUCGGCUCUCUGACUCCGCCACCGAGCUGGUUCUCUCUCUGUCUCUCUGUCGGACUACCGUUCAGCUCUGUGAAGCGAGCCUCGCCAUCUUUGUUCCCGCCUCCGGUGUGUGUGAAGACAGUGGAUUUGCUUCGUCCAGACUCACCGCGCUGUUCUGCCGCUCUGCCGCUCCGCUUCGGCUGACUGCUGCUGCUGGAGGACGACGCAGGUCCCCCAUGUGAGAUCUGCAAAGCUGAAAGGCGCCACUGACAGAACCACAGCCAGGCCUCAGGACAGACAUCCCAAACAUCCACCGCCACGGAAUGUGUCAACAUCUCUGCGGUGAAAUCCCGCUGACUCCUCGCUCGCCGCUGCUCACAUAAGCCCGGAGCCGGGCCUUCUGGGAUCCUACGGUGUUUAAAGGCACACACACACACACACACACAACGAUGCCUGGGAGGCCCACCUGCCCCAGACUGCCUCCGGCCACGGUCGCCGUGUCACCACGGUGCUGACUGUGAGAGGGAUCACAUCUGGCUGGCGGUCCGUCCUCCGGCCCGCUGCAGACGCUCUGUGCAGUCGCCUGCUUUGUUUCUGGUGUUAAGGACGGCGUGCCGCAGUCAGCCAGAUGACCUAGUGGACACUAGUUUCCCUGUAGCAGUGCUGAACCAUACAAGGGGAUCCUAGUAUUGAACAUGACUCAUGGGGAGGAGCCUGGCCCUGAGACACACAAGGAUUCAGCUGUUCUAACUUAUCUGGAAGGUUUACUGAUGCAUCCAGUGGUAGCCGGGCCCGGGGCCACGGCGAGCGGGAGGUCCGAGGCCGCCCACAGCAACCAGGAGCAGGGCGACAAGGCGGGGGGGCCUUUCCAACGGCCCAACCACGGCCCCACGGCUCCCAAAGCCGGAACCAACGGGCCCACGUUGGGCUCCUCGCAGCACCUGAAGAAGGCCCGCCUGCUGCGCUCCGGAGCCUGGAAUGACCCGGGGACCCAGCGGAUGAGUUCGCCCCCGAUGGAGCUGAACGGACAGGGGGGGGGCCUGCAGAACGGAGCGCUAGAGGGAUCUCCUCACGCCGGGGAGAGCACCCUGUUAGCUUCGCUGCUUCAGUCAUUCAGCUCCCGGCUUCAGAGUGUGGCCAUGUCUCAGCACUCUAACAAACCCCCCAGUGAGUGCUCCUCCCCCUCCAAGGCGCCGCCCGCCGACAAAGAGCCCCUUCCUGUGUACGGGACGGCCUCCAGCCGCCUGAAGGGCCUCAUGAGGAAGAGCAAGCUUCAGAAUCACAGCAACACGCCGUACAGCCGGCGAGGACACAGUCAGGACAGACCCCCGGAAUCACCUCGCUCAGCACACAGCGCCACGCCUCCUUCUGUCGCGCCCGCCACCGCCGAGGCGGUGUCCUGCGCAGAGCGUCUGAAGGCCGUCGCCAACAUGGUGAAAAUCCGUUCGAGCCCGGCGCCUUCACCCAAACCCAGCGUGGCCUGCAGUCAGCUGGCCCUGCUGCUGUCCAGCGAAGCCCACCUGCAGCAGUACUCCAGAGAGCACGCACUCAAAGCCCAGCUCUCCGGACGCUCUGCCAGCGAGAGACUCGCCGCCAUGGCCAGCCAGCAGUACGGCCCGGACACCAGGCCGCCCAGCGUGGGAGGGGCUCUGCCCGGAGCCCCAGACACACUAAGCUCCUUAACAACCCAAAACGGGAUGACAACAACACCCACGCUGACAACAACACUCCCUCGGACGGCGCUGUCCAGUCCACAGAGCCCGUCUCUGCUGCGUGGCCACGGCCAGAUCUCCCCCCCGACUCCCCCCCAUGCUCCCAACCCCUCCCACAGCCAACCGCCGCCGCCGCCGAGGGAGAAGCGAGGCUUCGACUCCCGUCCGACUCGUCCCCCGCAGACAUGCAGCAGCUUGCUGCUGCUGCUCCUCAACAACCACAACAACCAGAAGCAGCUGACUAAGAACGGCCACCUGGAGGACAGCUGCGGCGUCCUGCCGCCCAGCGGCUCGUCUUCCGUCACGUCGGACAGCGAGUGCUCCGUCCAGGAGAGGAGCCUGACCAAGGACAGCAGCGACGCAGAGAGUUCCUACUCCAGCUGCUCUCCCAUCGACCUCUCCAUGAGAGGCCGGGCCAGUACACAAGACACCGGGCCUAAGACUACCACCCCCUCUUCCUCCUUCUCCUCCUUCUCCUCUUCCACCUCCACCCUCUCUUCCUCCACCACCAUGUUCUCCUCCACCCCAGCUGCUGCAUUCUCUCCUCAAGCUUCUGCUCACCCCUCCAUCUCCUUCUCCCCGUCCUCUACUGCCGUCUCCUCUGUCUCCACCGCUAUCUCUUCCUCCUCCUCCUCCUCUCUCUCUACCUCCUCCCUGGACAAGCUAACAGAGUCUUUACUAAACAAGUGGAAGCCAGAGCCGUCCGGGUCCAAGGUGUGCAAGAACAAGGAGCCCGACAUGAGCCCCGACCUGAAGCCACACUCUAAGGUCACGCUGAUGCAGCUCCUUCUUGAGCGUAGGAAUAAUGAGAUGGUUAAUAAGAGCGUAGUUAACCAGGAGUCACCUCUGGACAUCACCAUGGCCACCAUGUCUCGGGGCCAGCCAAAGGGCCUGGUGCCCUGGGAGGAGAGCAGGACAAACAGCCCCACAGACAGACCCUGUGCCCCGGCCCAGCCCCUCUACUCUCUGAGCCGUGAGCCUGGCGGUGCACUAUCCCCGUACUCCUACCCCUCCCCCAACAUCCAGUCCAGCCCGCUGGAUUUGUGUAAGUCUAAACCCUUCCCUGCUGAGAAGGCUUCAGAGCCGGCCUUCAGCGCCAGUAAACUGUUACAGAAUCUGGCUCAGUGUGGCACAGCGUCCUCCUCUCCUCCCAUCCCCCCCAGCAAAGGCCUGGGUCUGGAGCUGGACGCCAGCCGGCCCCUCGCCCUCUUGGAAAGGCUCAAUGCUCCGAUCCACAGGACCAGCACCACUCCACUCUCCGACGGGCCCUCGGGCAGCGGCACGCCGUUCAGUCAGAAGGACGCCUCUCCGCAGAUCGAGAACCUUCUAGAGAAGCGCACCGUGCUGCAGCUCCUUCUGGGAACUGGCUCGACCACCGCUACCGUCGGCCGCAAAGAACGGCCCGGCGGCGGCGGCAGCGGCAGGAGGAGUGCGGAGGUCGCGGGGGGGUGCUACGAGAAGAGCCCCGGCGCCUCCAUCAUCUGCGACAGCUCCAACGGGCCCCCUCUGGAUGUAAAGGUCAAAACUGAGUUCAUGGAGGAGGCGGUCGGGCCGUCCUCGGCCGUGUCCGAGGAGCCGAGUGUCAGAAAGAGACCUGCCGGCUACGAGAAGAACAGUCCGCUCUCGGACUCGCAGCAGGACUUAAAAACAGAACCGCGGCCUGCAGAGGUCAUCGCCAAAUACGGCCUCCUCAGCCAGCUGCUGAAACAACAGACUGCUACCUACUACACCAGCUCCGCUCUGCAGGCCGAGCCGCAGCCCCGGCAGGUUAAAGAGGAGCACAGGGACUAUGCCAGUCCCGGUCCUAAGAAGAGACGCCUCUGCUCCGAUCGGACCGACGCUUUCAAUCACACCGGCUCUCCGAGAGGCGGAGACGGCGGCGGCGGCGGCGGAGACAUGAACUUUUACGCACCUUCUGCCGUUCAGGAGGAGCCUGAGCAGCGGAGGAGUGUGAAGGAAGAGGAAGCUCCGCCGCCCAGCGAACCCCUCACCAGAGAGAGCCGGGGCUUCAACGUGCUCAAACAGCUGCUGCUCUCAGACAACUGCCUGAAGGAGCUGUCCCAGCAGCCCCGGGGGACGCCCAGUCCUUCUGUCCUGCAGGCCAACGGCAAGGCCAACGGCAGCAUGCUCAGUCAGCCCGCCCACAAUCACAGCUUCCUCCACCUGCCCGGCUGGCACCCCCACGGCUCCCUCAACUCGGGGCUGCCGGGUAAUCUCCGACCGCCGCCCGCCCCUCCUGCGUGCGAAAGCCCCGUCCGCAACCCCUGGAGCCGCCACCCGGCUCCGUGGCCCGUGGCUCCGAAACGGGACCCCCCUACUCUGGUGAAACAGGAGCCCGAGAGCCCCUUGAGGUGGAGCAGUCAGGAGAACGAGGAGGAGGAGGAGGGCUGUGACUCUAACCUGGACUCUCCGCGGCUCUCGCGCUCCAACCCCAUCCUGUACUACAUGCUGCAGAAGGGCAGCAUCCAGCUGAGGAAGGAGGUGCGGGAUCAGGCGGAGGGAACCCACUCUGCCGUCAGAGUUAAAGAAGAGCCGCUCGGUGACAUGCAUGCUUAUGAACACAGUCUGAGCUCCGUCCCGCCGUCACCCGCCCACAAUGACAAGCACAGCCACGAGAGCCACGGGCUGAGCCAAUCCUACGAGUAGAAGUUGUAUCAACUGCAGAACAAUCCCGAGUGGAAUCUGAUUCAUUGACUCUUUUUGCCCCCGUUUUUUUAAUGACUCGCCAAAAGUGGUUCGAUGGGACGAAUAAAGAAUGCAAACAUGUUUUUUGUAGCGGAAUAGAGCAAGUACAGAUUUUAAACCGUGAGGUCAUGUGAUGAUACCGAACAGGUGGAUCUCUUAGCGAAACGAUUCAGCCAAACUGUCACUAAUCUAACCUUCGUCAUCAGCGAUAUCAUCAUGCUCUACACACAGUUCAUUUAGUCCUCCUUCACAAUUUGGUCUCUUCUUUGUACACAUAUCACUGCUCCGUGUCCCCGUUGUUGCCUCACCAUAAAACAUUUAGAAAGAACAUUUCAGGCAACAUUUAUUAUUGAUGACUCCAAAAAUGUUAGCGCUCAGUUCAGAGGAACAUUUAUUUAUUUUCUCUUUGGGAUAAGACAGAGUCCCAUCAAUACUGGAUAAGAUCCAGAAUAAAGUCACUGUAGGGCAGACACACGGCGCUCUAUUUACAACAACGCACAUGAUUAAUCCAUCGGAAGGAGGACCUUGAAAACAAUAUUCACACUGCAGCAGCAUCAGUGAGGAUCCUACCGGGACGUUAGUGACCGGGGGAGGGAGGAGACGUUUAACGGAGGGUUAAAGGGACUAUUUGUAAGAAUCACAAAUGUGUUGUUAACAGCUUCAGCCGUUAAGUCAACUAAAGUCAGCGUCCUGUUGCUGGAGCUUGUGCUCGUUCUACAUAGACAUAAACACAGUAAGACGACACACGUCAGCUAAAACCACAAUAUCACUCUGUACAGCAGAGACUCCGGUCCUGGAGACCAAAGCUACGGUCUCCUCCGCGUCCUCCGACCGCGGCCAACACUGUUUAACAGCUUCACUAGAUACAACCAAGAGGUUUUGGUGCUUCACUGGAGUUUGUGUUGAACAGCGUAGACGCACGCGAGCGCGCAUGAGACACCGACGUGUAAGAAGAUACAAACAGUCCCUUUAAUAGUCCCAAUUCAUUGCUUUUAUUUGAGGUGAACUUUAAGGGCGAUAUAUAUCUAUAUAUAUACCCGACAGCAGAUUCAGGGCGACGCUGAUGUUUGCAGGUUGUGCAGUUUGAGCAGAUGGGUCAGCGGAGAGCAUGCGGUGCUGACAGUUGUGUGUAAACAGGUUUCUAGAGCAACAGUUUAAAAGGCUGAGAAACUUUGUCUCACCACCCUCCGGGUAAACCCCCACACCACCACCACCACCACUUCUCUUCAUGCACACUCGAACAUAACGUGUGAAGCACAUGGCUUUUUUACUUUUCAUUUCAUCUAAAGGAAGCACCUCGAGUUUGCACUAUCGAAGUCCUCGGUGUCCUUUUCCAGAAUGAUUUAACGGCAUGUGAUAAACAGAAAUGUCAGUAUUGUUAUCUGUUGAGAAUUCUGUGAUUCUUUUUCUUCAUCAUUUCUUAACUGUCGUGGUUUAUGGACAUCUCUUUCUUUUUGUGGCAGCCUCUUAACUCAUAAAAUGUCAAAAGAAUUGCAUGAUAAUUAAGAGAAGACCACGGGUACAUGUUUGUUUUAAAGCAGCUGGAUGUGAGAACCUCUGGAGGGAUGUAUCUGAUCUAUCUAGCUCCUUGUUUUUGAUUGUACUGUAUUCUCUUCGGUUGACGUCACACACUGCUUCAUCCAGUUAGUCUCGUGAUCUUUUUUAAUACAUAUACCUAUGAAGUACGUCUCUUCGAUUAUUAAUACAUUUUCACAAUGGUUAAAUAUAUUUGUGUAAAUAGUACUUUCAGUAUGAAAGAUGACUAUUUUGUAAUGUUUAAGAAAAAGAUAUUACCCUAGUUUUUAAUGCCCUGAUAUGUAAAUAUGAAUUAUAUGCGUACCAGUGUACAUACAAAGGCAGAGGAUGCUAUGCCCAUCUCUUUUUUUGGUUGGUUUGUUCUUUGCAUGUGUCUCUAUGUGGUAAAAUGAUAAUCUAUCCUGCGCUGUGUUGUGUAAUAAUGUCUGACUCUCCUCACUGCUGCCUGUUGCAUGCAGACGCAUGGGAACUACCUGUGUAUCCCUACUGGUGACGGGGGAAAUGUCAAGUCUUAAAAUAGGUCUUUUUUUAUCACAGAGAGAGGUCCGUUUAGAAUACGAACAGUCCCGUAAUAACCACCGGCUGUCCAGCAAGUUGAUUAAAAUGUGUGAAAAAUAAACGUGCAUUGAAUAUU